AUGGACGCUACACAAUACGACGCUUACAUUGAACGCAUGAGGGAGACUGAGUAUCCUAUGCUCAAAGAUGCAACAUAUCUUGACCAUGCAGGAACGACUCUAUACAGCAAAUCGCUUCUUGAGGCUUUCACAGCCGACAUGCUAGGAAACUUGUACGGCAAUCCGCAUUCUGCUUCGCAAGCUUCACAACGAUCUACCCACCAAGUUCAAGAUGUCCGACUACAGCUUCUGCGGUUCUUCGAUGCCAAUCCCGACGACUUCGAUCUGGUCUUUGUCGCCAAUGCCACCGCAGGCAUCAAACUAGUUGCUGACGCUCUCCGUGAACACGACUCGGGGUUCUGGUACGGUUACCACAGAGAUGCGCAUACCAGUCUCGUUGGUGUACGCGAGCUGGCUAAGGAACACCACUGCUUUGCUGAAGAUGAAGAGGUUGAAGAUUGGAUUAGAAAUGGAGGACAAGAUACACAAACUCGCCUCGGACUCUUCGCCUACCCUGCCCAGUCCAACAUGAAUGGCCGUCGUCUACCACUUGAUUGGUGUGGUCGACUUCGAAACAAGGGGAUGUUGACUCUGCUGGAUGCUGCUGCACUCAUCUCGACGUCUCCUUUAUCCUUGGCCGACCUUGACACAGCCCCUGACUUUACAGUUCUCAGCUUGUACAAAAUAUUUGGCUUCCCGGAUCUGGGAGCUUUGAUCGUCCGUAAAGAUGCAGCAUGGGCUCUGCAGAAGAGAAGAUAUUUUGGUGGCGGCACAGUCGACAUGGUCGUGUCGUUGAAGGAGCAAUGGCAUGCUGUCAAGUCUACUCAUCUGCAUGAGCAACUUGAGGAUGGCACUCUGCCUGUUCACAGCAUUAUCGCUCUGAAGUCUGCUAUAUCGGUUCAUCACGAUUUGUUUGGCACCUUGGAACGCAUUUCUGAACACACCUCCCUCCUCGCCGGACGCUUGUAUUCUUCACUGAAAUCCCUCCGCCAUGGAAACGAUGAGCCAGUGUGUCAAAUCUACAAAGAUAAAGCUUCUACAUAUAGCGACAGGAGCACACAAGGUCCAGUCGUUGCAUUCAAUCUUUGCGACGCCAAAGGUCAUAUGGUCAGUAAUCUAGAAGUAGAAAAGCUGGCCCAUGUUCGCAAUAUCAGUAUCCGUACCGGCGGUCUUUGCAAUCCUGGAGGCAUCCAAUCCGCACUCGAUCUCUCCCCAUGGCAGAUGAAGAAAAACUUCUCGUCUGGUCAGCGUUGCGGAUCUGAGAACGACGAUGUCAUCAAUGGUCAGCCCACCGGCAUGAUACGAGCAAGUUUGGGUGCCAUGUCGACGAUCAAAGAUGUCGACACUUUCGUUUCUUUCGUCAAGGAAUUCUUCCUCGAAGAAGCUUCGGAUACGCCAUACAAACGAACCGACUCUCCUCUUUUAUCGUUGGACGUCCCGGUGUCAGAGCAACUGCACAUUGAGAGUUUGACAGUGUAUCCAAUAAAGAGUUGUGCGGGCUGGCAAGUCCCUGCCAAUACUUCAUGGGAGGUGCAACCGCAAGGCCUGGCAUGGGACCGCGAGUGGUGCAUCAUACACAGUGGAACCUCUGUCGCACUCUCGCAAAAGAAGUAUCCACGCAUGGCGCUCCUCCGUCCAAUACUGGAUUUUUCUGCAGGACUUCUACGUAUUACUUGUGCAGUACCUAUCAAAGACGCAACGACCACCGAAAUCAGCGUCCCACUUUCUGCCGACCCACGCUGCUUUACAUCUUCGAGCAAAACCUCCACACCAACAAACGUUUGCGGUGACAAUGUAGCAGCAAGAGUCUAUUCCUGUCCCAAAAUCUCAUCGUUCCUAUCUAGUGUGCUCGGUGUACCCUGCACACUCGCCCGCUUUCCAGCAAGCUUUGCAUCCAGACAUGCCAAAGCACACCUCUCCACCAGCAACAGCAAAACCUCAACACCACUCGCAUUCUCAAACGAGAGCCCCGUCCUCUGCAUUUCCAGAAUGUCAGUAAACGCACUGAACAAAACCAUAAAAGCAAAAGGAGGAACCGCAGUCCCAGCAUCUACUUUCCGUGCUAAUAUCGUGGUCUCACAACCUUUGCACUUGCCUCCAGGCACAGAAACUCCGUAUGUGGAAGAUUCUUGGACAAGUCUUGCUAUCACGGACAAGAGAGGGGGUGCAGGACAGCAGAAUGACGGCUCGAAAGCUGAUUUCAAAGUCUUGGGGAAGUGUAGGAGGUGUCAUAUGCUAUGCGUCGAUCAGCAGACGGCAGAAACCAGACAAGAACCUUUUGUCACAUUGGCAAAGACCAGGCGAGAAGAUGGAAAAGUGUGGUUUGGCGUGCAUCUAGCUUUGAGCAAAGGAGAAAAGAAAGGGUGGGUCAGAGUAGGCGAUCAAGUCACCGCUAUGUAG